AUGGAGGGACCACACCGCAGCUGCCUCCUCCUCCUCCUCCUCCUCUGCCUGUUCCCACCGCCGGGCAUCCCAGGCCCACCGCCGCCUCUGGAGGAGCCUCGGGAACCGCCGCUGCCGCCGCCCAGCCCCGCUGACCCCACCGCUCACCUGCUGCGCGGCCACCCCUCGGCCCCAGUGCGGCCCUACAGCCUGUCGCUGUCCCCUGAGGAUUAUCGCUACGCCCCCAAGCCCCGGCACCUGCGCCCCGGGCGGCUGCGUCGGCUCCUGGGCUCGGCCUUCGACCCCUUCUGGAUGGCGACCGAGGAGCCCCGCAGCCGCAACGGGAGCGUACUCGAGGAGAACUUGGAGUCCAUGAGCAGGGACCUGGCCGAGGGUGCCGGGCGCUAUCACCGCAAGCUGUGGCGAGAGGUGGAGGGGCUGGAGCUGCCCCCCGAGCUGGCGGGGGCCCUGGCCCGCCGCCUGCGGCAGUGGCUGGUGGAAAGGGCCACCUGCCGCCUCAUCUCCGCCUGGGUGGACCUGGGACCCGUGUUCUGGCCGCGCUGGGUGCGCCACACCACGUGUGAGACCGGCGACCCCGGCUGCUCCUGGCCCCCUGGCAUGGCCUGCCGGCCCGCACAGCUCACCCGCAUCAAGCUGCUGGCCUGGCACUGCUGGAGCCCGCAGCAGCCCGGCCCCCCAGACUGCACCUGGCGGCAGAUCCCAUACCCCGUCGUGGCUGCCUGCAAGUGUUCCUGCCGCUGA